UUUGCAGAAAAUCUCUGCCUGACACAAUAUGGGUCGGGUAGAUUAGUCAGUGAGGAUAACAAAACAUUUCGGAUGCCUCCGUCACGUGGAUGUGAGCGGUCAAUUUCACCCCAAAACAACUAUCUUCCUCGCUAUCUCGUAGUCAUGCAUGCCUGGUUGCGUCUUCAAUGCCCUGGGUGGUGGUCCGUGAAUCAUGCAGACGCAUGCGCUGUGGCGUCGCUGCUGCAGAGCGCUCGCCGAGCAGACUACGCUAUCAAGACAACACUCAUGCAGACGUAGAGCCACUAUUUCAGCACCACGGCUGUCCACCAUUGCAUGUCUGUGUUCAAUAGGUCAUCGAUUAUGGAAGCGCCGUGUGCUAACGCACUUGGUCUCUGACGUAUGUCAAGGUUCGCAACUUAUGCUACUAACAGCUUGAGGGCGUGCACAGACUACAGAACAAAUCAAGCCAGAUAAUUACCGCUGGUGUCCGCCCCCUUCUCCUGGCCGUUGUUAGUGUGUGUGUGUGUGUGUUCAGAGGGGGCAGCCAUGCCUCUGGUGAAGAGGAGCAUCGAGCCACGGCACCUGUGCCGACGGGCCCUGCCGGACGGGGUGACCAGCGAACUGGAAUGCGUCACCAACAGCACCCUGGCGGCCAUCAUCAAGCAGCUAGGGGGUCUGAGUAGACAUGCUGAAGACAUAUUUGGGGAGCUGUUCAAUGAGGCCAACAGCUUCUACAUGCGAAUGAACAGCUUACAAGAGAGAGUUGAUCAGUUGGCCGUCAAAGUAACACAACUUGACUCCACAGUGGAGGAGGUGUCGCUGCAGGACAUCAAUAUGAGGAAGGCCUUCAGGAGCUCCAUCAUACAGGACCAGCAGGUGGUGUCCAGAAACUCCAUCCUCAACUCAGUCCUGGAGAUGUACCACCGCUGUGACAAGCCCCCACCCCUCAACAUCCUCACCCCUUACAGGGAUGAUAAGAAGGAUGGCUUGAAGUUCUACACAGAUCCCUCCUACUUCUUCAACCUCUGGAAGGAGAAAAUGCUGCAAGCCACAGAGAACAAACGGAAAGAGAAGAGGAGGCAAAAGCAAGAGCAGAAGCACCAGGAGGACCCUGGCCGUGAGGUGAAGAAGAUACGGAAGGCUCGGAACCGCAGGCAGGAGUGGAACGUGUUGGCCUAUGACAAGGAGUUCCGCCCCGACGCGCGCCUCACUCCCUCGCCCUACCACGGCAUGUCCUCUGAGGGCUCCCUCUCUCCAGACAGGUCUGGCAUGUCAGAUGAGCUCUCCUAUCCGGCCAGCCCUAACCAUCCGCCGGAGGCGGGCGGCCCCGGUGCAGACGGGAAGGACUCGGGUCCUACGCAGACCCAGUCUCUGGACCGGGCCUACCGACCCCCUGCCUCGGGUGCAGCUUCGGGCGCGGCACGUCAGCACUCUCUGGGCCGUGUGCCGUCUCACCCCCCGCCCACAGACCAGGCACUCAACGGGCCCAGACCCACCGCCGCCAAAGACUACAGUGGUCACCAGAUGCCCGAGCACUUCGUCCCGCCGGCUCCCCCUCCUCCCCCACCCCUCAUCCCCUCCGCCCAGACGGCCUUCGACAGCGCGGCCGGCGGCGGCCCCCCGACCCUGGCGCCCGGCACCGUGGCGGCCAUCUCUCGUCCCUACAGCCCCUCCCCUCCCCCCGCGCCCCCUGCCUCCUACGUCCCCUCCCCCUCGCACCCGGCCAUGGCGGGCGGUCCCCCCGUCGCCCCUCCUCCACCCCCUCCGGGCGGUCCCCCCACCCACGGCCCAUCUCCUGCCCGCUUGGCCCACCCAGCCGCCGGGGACACGCUGCCCAGGAAGGGCCAGGUGCCACUCAUCCCGAUGAGCGACGCCCGCAGCGACCUGCUGGCCGCCAUCCGCAGAGGUAUCCAGCUGCGUAAGGUCCAGGAGCAGAGAGAGCAGGAGGCCAAGAAGGAGCCGGUGGCCAACGAUGUGGCCACUAUCCUGUCACGACGCAUUGCUGUUGAGUACAGCGAGUCCGACGAGGACUCCGAGCCGGAGGAGAACGAGUGGUCAGACUGAGAAGGAGGAGAAGGAGGAGGAGUAAUGGGAGGAGGAGAAGGAGGAGGAGUAAUGGGAGGAAUGCGGGGAAUGGAGAGGAAGUCGGAAGAGAGGAGGAUGUUACCGAACCUACACACUGCUGCUAUUUCAGAAAUCAGACAUACACUGCACACACACACACACACACACACACACACACACACACACACACACACACACACCAACAUUCAUAUACGAGAAGAAGGGAAUAUGAGAAAGCACAUCAGAGAGUUAUAGAAAGAGAAAAAGAAAGCUAGAAUAGAUGAUGCAGACAGAACAGAGUUUACCAGACCAGUAUAAAUCCUGCAUUUAAAUUAGUGUAAUAGUAAAUAAUGUAUAUGUGCAUUUUGAAUAGUUUAUCUAUCUAUCAAUUCCCAAAGUUAAUAUAUUGUAUUUCAAUCAUUAACAUAGAAGUGGUCUGACAAUGAAAGAUUGAGUGAUGAGAGAGAGAGAGAUGAAGAGAGGUGUGCACUCUGAAAGUAAGCACAGAAAGGCAGUCUGCAGUAUCUGCAUCAAGCAACUAUGACAAAACAUUCAUACCAAGUGUUUUAUUCCUCAGUUGCCAAGAAUAUCUUUGUUCAAACGAUGAGUGUGUGUUUGACUUGAUGUUUUAUUUAUCAUUUCUUUUUUGAAAACUGACACUGCCAAAGCUUUGUGUUCUCCUUUAUUGGUACCCCUCCGUGGUCCAGAGUCCGGUAGAAGAAAUCCGAAAUGUCGGAUCAUUUGCACAGGUCAGUCCGUGAACACAUAAUGUGCCCUACUGUAUUUGCUUGUGGUCCAGCUCUUGUGAUAUAGCGCUACCGCGUUGGGACCCUAAAUCUGUGACUACCGGUACACACACACACACACACUCACAGUGACAGCUGCAGACUCACCCUCUGAAGUCUGUUGGCCUCCUGUUAAAUGAAAGGUUUGGCUAGCUCAGCAUCAAUCUGUCAAAUUCCAGUUACUUCAGCUCUAGCAGUAUUCUAAAUGUUUGAAUGGAAUUGUCUUCACUUUAAUUAGGAUAAUAUAUACCCUUCACAAGGGUGAUUAUCCUUAGUGAAAAUCAAGACAGACCAGAUCAAAAUGGAGAAGAGUAUUUCACUGAGAUGUGAGAAUGAAGCUUGUGUUCAAAUAGCAUUUCAUUGUGUUUCUGGGUCUCUCUGUGAUGGCAGACGGGUGGGCUUGGCACCGUUGGGAGUAGACCAUUAGUUCUGUUGCAUUCAGCAGUCUCGUCCAUCUGUACAAAAGACCAGUGUAGGGCAGUUGCCGUACUAACGCAGUUGGAGCCCAUCUCUCGCAUUCUGUGUAAAACCGAACAGGUGACGUCAUAUCAGUAGUACAUAUACCUCAAACCCUGUGUGAUCUCUUCACUAUACUGUGAGCCAGGGAAGCUUCUCACACGCCACAGCUGCUCUCACUGGUCUGUGCUUUCCUUUGGAGUGAAAAGUGCAAAAUAAAGGAGACAAAGUGGCCUUCUAUUAACAUCUACCGUAUUUUCCGGACUAUAAGUCGCACCAGAGUAUAAGUCGCACCAGUCAAAAAAUGUGUCAUGAAGAGGAAAAAAAACAUAUAUAUAAAUAUAUAUAUGUUGCACCUGAGUCGCAGGACCAGCCAAACUAUGAAAAAAGUGUGACUUAUAGUCCGGAAAAUACGGUAAUUUUUAAAUCAUAAUUAUUACAUAAUCAUAAUUAGCUGCAGCCUUAAUCAGUAUUAGUUCAAUAAGAUAUAUCUGCUCUAUGUAAAGAAUUACUAUGAGAGUGGUUUAAAAUGAUUAAUAUUUCACCAGCAUCACACCAGUGAACUUAUAAAAUAUAGUCUAUGUGCAAUAUAUCUGUCUUAGACGAAAGGCGAUUUAAAUGUUAUUUGGGCCUUUGAAACCAUUUAUUUUGGACUUAUUCGAUAUCUACUCCAUUGUUGAAUAAUAUAUUGCACGUGGUUGAUGUUUGAUGGGAGAGGCAGUAGUGUGGCUUAGCUACCCUUUGGCUUUUAUGUAACGCACAGCGAUUUGUAGGGUUGACUGUUGACUAACUCAUACUAUAGCUGUCAGCCAAACACCUCCGUUUCUUCUGUUUUUCUUUAUGAAAAAAAGGCUUUUUCGUUUGUAACUUUGCUCUGUUGUUGACAGUGUUGUGGUGAAUAUUGAUACCCUUACUAACAGUGAGUAAAAUCCUUUGUUGUUUUUUUCUCAUAACUCUAUAAAAAUAUGGUGGAUAGUGACUGUAUGGGGAAUACUUUGCCAUGUUAUUUUAUUACUUCUGUAACAGUUGAUUUCUCCCUUCAAGCAUAUACUGUGUAGACAAUAGAUCUGAUCCCACUGUGUGUGUGUGUGCGCCUGUGUUUGUGUGUGUGUGUGUGUGUGUGUGUGUGUGUGUGUGUGUGUGAGAGAGAGAGAGAGAGGGAG